AUAAAAUUCUUAUUAUAAAAAUUAAAUAUCGACUUAAAAUUGCAAAUUAAAAAGCUAUUUUGUACUAAUUAAUUGAUUAAAGGACCUUAUGAUGGUCCCUGAAUAGUGAACCAAAUAGAAAGCUAUUUAAUACUCAAUCAUGAUUGUUCAGGAGCCUGUGCAGGCUGCUAUUUGGCAUUGUUUAAACAAUUACGACUAUUCCGAUGCUGUUUUUAUAUCGGAACGUUUAUACGCUGAAGUAAAAUCUGACGAAAGCUUGUACCUACUCGCCACAGCUUAUUAUAGAAGUGGCCAAAAGACGUUGGCUUAUCACACUUUGAAGGACAAACACGGUUCUUCGACCCAAUGCCAGUUAUUGUUUGGAAUUUGUGCUUUUGAUCUAGAGAAGUACGCUGAAGCUGAGUCAGCUAUAAUAGAUACACUAGAAGGCACCACAAGAACUUUAGAGGAUGUAAUCGUAGAUUUUGGCGAACAGAGUGCUUUUGCAUUGAUGCUUUUAGGCAAAAUUGGUGCUAAAACCGAAAGGAAACCACGAGCAAUUGAAGCAUGGAAAAAAGCUUUGAAAGUUAACCCCUAUCUGUUUUCUGCUUUUGAAAGUUUGUGCAAAAUUGGCGAAAACCCUAAUCCUACCAGUAUUUUUCAAUCUGAGAAUAUAGGAAAUACAUCACUAGGUCAAGGACAACUUAUAAACAAUAUAGAAAGUCUUGUAAUAACAAAUCUUUCCCCGGUACCAAUAAACACUCAAUACAUGACUAAAAGUGAACUUAUUGCAGAAACUCCUCCACAAAAUAUUAUUAGUAAAUUUAAUCCAGGUUUUAAAUCAAAAUUGGCAAGAGAUUCAUUUACACCUGAUGAAAGCCCUUUGGCAAACCCACUUUGUUUGUCAGGUUUUGCCCCCUUGUCACGGCAUAAGACUGUAAUGAAAAACGAAUUUGUUGAGACUCCUUCAUUUGGUUAUCUGGCAAUAACUCCAGAAAACCUUCAGCCCACACUGACAGAAUCCAAUAAUCAUUUGCCCCUGGGCAAAAGAAUGAGGUCUGAUCAAAUAAUCAGUCGAAAUAAUAAAGAUUACGUGUUGCAAAAUAGCAAACCGGUUUUUAGCCAAUCUUCUAAUGUGCCAGUACAAAAGACUCCUACCAUUCCUCUAGCCAUGCAGCCUAAUCAAAAUGUCAGGCGAAGCUCUAGAUUGUUUAGUAAUUUUAGUUCCAAUUCUGUAAAAGAAAACAAUAAAUCGCCAACAAGAAAUAAAUUCACAACACCAAAAUCACCAUCGCGGAAAACUAAACAAAGAUUAGCUAAGAAUAUUAACAAUAAGAAUAAUGAGUGCGAAGAACUAAAUACCAAAAAUAAAGUUAGUAAAAAUUUAGAAAAAUCUGAAACCAUCACUUCUGAUACCAAAAAUGAAAAGGGUGCAAUAAAUCAGAACAGCGACCAUUGCAUUCAGCAAGCAAUUCAAUCCCAAAAACAGAGCGCUGAAGGACUCUGUAAUCUACUCAGGAAUAUUGGACAGGCUUAUGUUGCUCUGAGCAGUUACGACUGCCAAACAGCCAUACAAAAUCUCUUAGCCUUACCAGCGAAUCAAUUCAACACCUCCUGGAUCUAUUGCCUCAUGGGAUUGGCUCACUUCGAAAUGAACGAUUACGAAUCUAGCAUAAAAUAUUUUAAAAUGGUACAUGAACAAGACCCUUACAGACUGGAGUAUAUGGAUAUUUAUUCUACAGCUUUAUGGCAUCUUCAAAAAGAAGUAGCACUCAGUGCCCUGGCUCAAGAUCUUAUGGAUACUAACAGAGAUCAUCCUGUUACUUAUUGUGUUAGUGGUAAUUGUUUUUCUUUGCACAAGGAACAUGAUACUGCUAUUAAGUUUUUCCAAAGAGCCGUACAGGUGGAUUCAAGUUUCCAUUAUGCCUACACCCUUCUAGGACACGAAUACAUAACAACAGAAGAGCUUGACAAAGCAAUGUGUUGUUUCUGGAACGCAGUCAGAAUAAAUCCCAUGCAUUAUAACGCGUGGUUUGGCAUAGGCACGAUUUACUCCAAACAAGAACGCUAUAGAUUAGCAGAAAUGACCUACGAAAGAGCGCUAAACAUUAACCCUCAAAGUUCCGUAAUUAUGUGCCAUAUAGGAAUAGUGCAGCAUGCUCUUAAACGCACUGAUAACGCUUUGACAACGUUUAACAGAGCAAUAGCCAAUGAAUCCAAGAAUCCUUUGUGUAAAUUCCAUAGGGGUUCGGUGUACUUUGCAUUGGGCAGGCACGCCGAAGCCUUGAAAGAACUAGAGGAGCUCAAGGAAAUUGUACCCACAGAAUCGUCAGUGUAUUAUUUAAUUGGUAAAGUUCACAAAAAGUUGGGGAAUACGGAUUUGGCUUUGCAGCACUUUAGUUGGGCUACGGAUUUGGAUCCCAAGGGGGCGAGCAGUCAAAUUAAGGAAGCUUUCGAUCCGGCCAUGGGCAGAAAUAAUGCGACUGAUGUUCCAGAAAGUCCUCAAUCGCCUACACCUGAGGAAUAUCAUUCAGAAAGUAAUUCUGGUAAUCAAGAACUAGAACCAAUGAAUUUUGAAGGUCUACCAGACGAUAGUGAAGAUAGCAUGUUCGACUAGAUUCUAAAGUUGAAAUGGUUGUAGUUGUAAUAAAGGAUUUUUUUUUGUGUGUAUAGUACGUGUUGAUCGCCAUCAGGGCAAAACUUGGCAUCCCAUGAAGGGAUCAAACAAGCCCUUUUUCUGUGCGAACUAAAAAACCAUUCAAAAUUACUAUACUUAAUUCUGGAAUACUUUGCAUAGGACAAUAAGCCUGAAAAUGCUUUUGAAAAUUACUCCGGACAAGUAUAAUAGGCUCCAGUUAUAUUGAUAAAUAUAGGAAAAUUCCAAAUUAAUUUUUGUGAUUUUUUUUUUUUCAAUUAUCCACUAGAACUAAAUUUUCAUGCGAAAAAAAAUUAAUAUUAACCAAAUUUUGAAUAAUCAUAUUAAAUAUUCUCAUAAGCUUAAGACAAAAUUUAACCAUUAAAGGGUUUAAAUUUAAUUUUUAAUUGAAAUUAUUGUCAAAAUCUCAAGUUAAUUUUCAACUACUAAAUUUAAGAUACCGACUGGAAAAUUUGAUUUUGUAGAAAAUUAGUUUUGUAUUAUAAGAGAGUGCUUGAAUUCCAUAUAGUGUUGCACAGGGUUUGUUUCAUUUUUUAGAUGCGGUACAUAAUUAUAGAAAUGCGACAAACUAAUUUUAUUUUUUUUCUUCUAAAUUUAAGCGGGCUUUUGUCAUAUUCUAUUAUUUUCGUGCCGGACACUAGUGAAGCUGCAACACUAAGUUGUUUUUUUUUUAUUGUGUAAAUAAAAUGAUUUAUGAAAAGUAAUGGGUUGUUUUUUUUUCUAAAUUUGUAAUGUUGUUUAGGUAGAGGGUCGCCGGAAAAUACAAUACUGUUAAUAAAAUCGUGAUCUACAGGGUCCGUAUUCUUGAAACAGGGGAGCAAAGUUCUCAGGAAAACGAGUGUCCCAUCUUUGUUACUUAUAUUAUCAUUUGCAUAUCAUUGAGAAAAACGAAACACUCGUUUUCCUGGGAACGUUGCUCCCCUGUUUCAAGAAUAAGUACCCAGGCGUGUAAGGGUUGAAAGACAGGAUUGUCCAAGAUGUCCCAGGUGUGAUAUUACAAAUUUAAUUAAAACUUCAAUAUUUGUAUAUUCAUGGGACAUUCAUAUCUACUUCGAGAGGAAAAGUCUUACAUCAAUCUAGCGAAUUGUGCAAAACUUGACCAACCUAAAUUAGCAAGUUAUUGAAAAAUUAACAAGACAAACAUCACUUUCAUUUUUUUCCACUGAUAAAUAAAAAAAAAAGAUUACAUCUAAAAUCAGCUCAAUGACCAGCAAAAACUUUUUCACUUUAAAUCCUUAUUUCUAUAAUCCGCCAGCGAUCCCUUUAAACAUGUCCCCAGACAAUAUACUCUCCAAAGCUUUUUGCACCGAAGGAUCUUUCAACAAAGGGGUAGACGAUUCUUGAGGCAUUGGAUCAGGAGCAGUAAUUGAAGUAGGUAUAGGAGGCUCGUUAGAUUUGUUUAAAAUGCUCAAUAUUCUUGUUUGUAGCUCGUUUUGUUUAUCUUUCGAAUUGUCUUCUGGCUCUAGAGCUAAACCUUCAGAGAUUUCAUGUUCAUAUUGCAACUGACGUCUUUCUUGGAGGUAUUUGAGCAGUCUUUCGUACUGGUUACUGCUCAAUUGAC